AAGAAACGUCAGUGCUUUCUCGGGUGCAGUGCGCACAUUGCGCAGACUGUCCGCGUGCCCCCACCGGGACUCUACGGAAACUGCGCGAGGCGCGUUUGUGAAUGUGCUCAACUUUGGUAGCCUACGUAAGAGACCGGAUUUUUUUUUUUUUUGGUACCGAGCGGAGAGGAGAUGCACACGGCACUCGAGUGAGUGCCAGUUUCAGAAGAGUUGUCAAAGCCCCUGAUAUUGUUAGACCAGGACUGGGGGCCAAGCAGGAGGAAAAGCAUCUGCAGGGGACCAGAAGUGAGGGGACAAUGCGAGUCCACGUGCACACCAAGUUCUGCUUCCUGUGUGUGCUCACCUUUCUCUUCCAUCAGUGCAACCACUGCCACGGAGAAGAACACGGCCAUCAGCAUGCCGACCACGACCACGCCCACAACGACCUGCAAAUUUCUGAGGCUCCGUACGUGAGAGGAGCCACUGUGUCCCCGGUGUCCAACGGUCUCCCCGAGGACAGUCUCGAGGAGGAGCAACGCUUCUACAUCCAACAGCUGUUCAGGCGUUACGGUCAGAAGGGCCGGUUAGAUUUCCAGGGAUUUCAGAGUCUGCUUGAUAGCUUGGGCCUAGGAGAGGUGAAGAUGGUAGGUGUGGAUCACGAGGACCUGGGUCAUGACCAUGUAGCCCACCUAGACCUGUUGGAUGUGCAGGAGGGGCUACACUCACAUUCAUCCACCACUGAAGGCAAUGGCCACCAGCAUGAGCAUGGUCACUCACACCACAAGCCGGGUUUCCACCGUCCACACACAGACGGAGCUCCCACAGGCUGCAGCCAGACUACUGCUGCCAGCCCAGCUGUUGGUGCGCCUGCAAAACAUGAUCAUAAACAUGAACACGAUCAUGAACACAACCACGAUCACAACCAUGACCACGAUCACGACCAUGACCACGAUCACGACCAUGACCAUGAUCACAACCACGACCAUGAUCACAACCACGAUCACGAUCACAACCACGAUCACGAUCACAACCACGAUCACGAUCACAACCACGAUCACGAUCACAACCAUGACCAUAAUCACAACCACGAUCCCAACCAACGUCAUGAUCACAACCCUGACCACGAUCACAACCACGAUCACAACCACGAUCACGAUCACAACCACGAUCAUGACCAUGACCAUGGUCAUGACCAGGUACAGAUCCCUGCUACCAACAAGGAGCUGUCUUCUGAAACUCAUAAUGGCCACAGCGGUCACAACAGUGGUGAUCAUGAACAUGACCACGAUCACGGUGGUCCUCACGUGCAGCCAACCACAGAGAUCACUCCCGCCAAACAGGAACAGCUGCCCUCUACCCUCUUGGAGCCCUCCCAAGUCCCUGAGGGGCCACACUCAUCUCUUGCCCCAACAGAAACCCGGCCCAAGAAGCCCAGAAAGCCGGCGAGAGUUAGAGGAAAUCAAGGGCGAAAUAAAACUCCUUCCCCAUCUGAUAAUCACGACCACGACCAUGAUCACAAACAUGGACACAGCCAUUCUCAUAAAGAUAAGAGAGAAGCACCAGGACCACUAGCAGUACCCACUCUCCCAGUCCCUGAUCCUGGUCACCCAGGUGGAUUGUCACAUCAGCACGAGGAGUGUUUGAACGUUACUCAGCUCCUCGCCCACUACGGCCUGAGUCCUGACUCGCUCAUCUCGCCCAGCCAGUUCACCUAUCUGUGUCCCGCGUUGCUCUACCAGAUAGAUAGUCGUGUCUGCAUCCUUCAUUACCACCACGUGGAUGUUGAGCAGGAAGCCAUGGAACCUGUCAGUACUGUGUGGGUGUGGUUGUGGGGCUUUGUGUCCAUCACCAUCAUCAGCCUGCUGUCUCUGCUGGGGGUGGUGCUCGUGCCCAUCCUCAACCAGUCCUGCUUCAAGUUCCUGCUCACCUUCCUGGUAGCGCUGGCAGUGGGGACGCUCAGCGGCGACGCUCUCCUUCACCUGCUGCCUCACUCUCAAGGGGCUCACGACCACAGUGAACACGGGUCAAGCCACAGCGGUGAUCUGGUAACAGCCUUUGAUGGAGUGUGGAAAGGUCUCACAGCCUUGGCUGGCAUCUACCUCCUCUUCAUUAUUGAACACUGCAUUGGCAUGUUUAAGCACUACAAGGACCAAAAGGGCAUGAAGAAGGUGAACGAGGAGGGAAAGAUUGGCAGGAAGUUGUCGGAUCACAAGUUAAAUCGGCGCUCUGAUGCAGAGUGGCUGCACCUAAAGCCACUCAGUGAAGACCCUGACAGCACAGUCAUUUCCUGCGACAAUGGUCACAACGACACGCAGCUCACUGAGCUCCAGACACCGGAAUCUCCCAGCAACAAGACGCCGCUGGCAGCCACAGACCCUCACUCGUCUCCCACCAAGGAGAAUGGACGGAAAGCCAAGAAGCACGGCCAUGGACACGGACACUCUCACGGAGGAAACUGCCACUCGGAUCAGGAGAUGAAGGACGCCGGCAUAGCCAGCAUUGCCUGGAUGGUCAUCAUGGGAGACGGCAUGCACAACUUUAGCGACGGCCUCGCUAUAGGUGCAGCAUUUAGCGCAAAUGUGACGGGAGGCAUCAGCACGUCAGUGGCUGUUUUCUGCCACGAAUUACCUCAUGAACUCGGUGACUUUGCGGUGCUGCUGAAAGCCGGGAUGUCAGUGAAGCAGGCCAUCGUCUACAACCUGCUGUCUGCCCUCAUGGCCUACGUCGGCAUGAUGAUCGGCACCGCUGUGGGCCAGUACACGCACAACGUCACCAGCUGGAUCUUCGCCAUCACAGCUGGCAUGUUCCUGUAUGUGGCUCUGGUGGAUAUGCUGCCCGAGAUGCUUCACGGGGACAGCGAGGAGCACAAGCGCUGCCAGCUGGGACACUUCGUCCUUCAGAACCUGGGCUUGCUGACCGGGUUCGGCAUCAUGCUGCUCAUCGCCAUCUUCGAAGACCAGAUCGUCUUUGAUUUCGGCUUUUGACGGAGGGAGUGAAGGAGGGGAGAAGCAGGUGGAUCAGUGUUGUCCUUCUCGGCCUUAACAUGCUUUGUUUGCAACGUAACGGCCCAGUCUUGCAUGCGAUGUGCAUCGUGUUCACGGCCCGUGCCUCAUUCAUUCAAACCACAUCCCACCAUUCUGCUAGUGAUGUUUACACUGUGCUCCUCCGUCACCCUCUCCUGUCAUUUCCAAUGACAGAAGAAUGUAUCUGUGGCCGACCAGAGCACACAUCCUGGUCCUCUGAACCAGUAAACCCAUCCUAAAAAAAUCUGGUGAGGUGGGAGCAGCGUCCCUGCAGAGAGACAGCUGUCACGGUCCAGCUGCUCACCACCCAUUUAUCGUCAUCUUGUGUUAGUGUGUUGUCGUCGUGUGCCCCCCUCCUCCUCCUCCUCCUCCUCCUCCUCCACCUCCACCUCCACCUCCACCUUCCUUGUGUGUCAUCCAGUCUGUGCUGUGUCCCAUCAUCCAUGUCUCAUCAGUCUGUGCUGUGUUCCACCUGCCAUCCAUCCAUCCAUCCCCUCUAUGCCAAGCCCCGGCCACUGGAGCAGCCCCCACAGCUGCACCGUCCCCCUCGUCCCACGCUGUCCUCAAAGAUGCUCGGCUCCGUUCGCGAGCUGCUAGAGCCAGAAGGAACCUUUCAGCUAAUGUCACUUCACCUGCAGGAUGUGUCAACAGCUUCUAUGCUGCAGUGUCAAAAUAGAAAAGCGUUCCCCUGACUCCGCUGGUCUGAAUGCCAGUUUUCCUCCGUUUUUCCCUUAGUUUUGUUAUUAGCGUUUUUUGCGAACUAUUAAACCUUCGUAGCUGAUAGUGAUAACUGCUGCUAACACAGCUGCCAAAGUGUUCACAAAUGAACAUUUACAGUAAUCAGUGUUUUUUAUGUUUAGGAACUAGAUGUCGCAAAUAUCUGACCAAUUUCUUUUGUAAAGGUUUGACUAUCUGUAGCCAAAAGACAUAUUUUUGUGAGGCCUUUGUCUGAUCUUUCUUUGUAAGGAUUCAAAAUGUGAAUUCAGAUGGAGUCGUCAUUCUUCUUUAAAGUCUUUACCUCUUUUGAGUUCCUAAAAGGUACUCUGACCAACCGGACAGUAGGAGGAUCAGUUGACACAUCAUUGCUGAUUUUUUUGUUUUGUUUUUACUUCCUGUAAAUACAUGAGGUCUCGAUAGCGUCAGUAGUUAUAGAAAUAAAAGCUAACUUUUUUGUUCCCGCUAAUAUUUUCAAGGUACUUUUGUCAAAGAAUGAAUUCUCAUCCUGACAAUCUGAGAUAGACAAAGCAAGAGAAGCACAAACAUUCCUGAAUGUUUCUGGGGUGUACUUCAUAGUCGCUCUGCUGCCUGUGCCGGAAGUGGCCACAGUGUGGAUUCUCAGUGGCUGGUGCUUGAUGCCGCCCUUAAUCCCCCCCCCCCCCCCCCCGAAGCCCCGCCCCCACCCUCACAUUCCAUUGGCUGUUCUGCGGCUCACGUGCUAAAGCUACCUGACCGAGCUUCAGCUGCUGGAGCACACAAAUGUGUGUGACUUCAUUUAUCCUGUCACUGUGUGACAUCCAUUGUCUGUGUCUUAACUGGCUGGAAGUCAUCGUCAGUCACGUUGAACUCAUGUCAUUGAUCUGACUCAAUCAUGCAUGUAGCAUGAGUGAAACGGUACAGACAUUGUGUUGAGUGUAAAGUUUUCAUUCUUUGUACUGCCAUGUUGAAAAGUUUUGUUACUUUUUAAAUUAUCUGUGCGUGAAGAUUGUGGGAGAUUCUUUGGGGUGUAGUGUGACAUAAAGGUACGAGCCUGUAUUUGUUUUCUAAAAGAAAAUGAUGGAGUUGUGGGAGCAUGUAAGUUAUCAUCAUCAUGUCGUAUCUUUUUACUUUUGCUCCUGUUUAAUGAGCUGAAUGUAAGUGAAGCUCUUUGAUAAGAUGAGUUCACAUCUCUCCAGUUGUUUCCCAUUUCAUUUCAUGUGCUCGCUAUGUUUCUGGGUCUUUUAAAAUAAAAUCUGAGUGAGACACAGUGACACUAUACCCCAAAGCUUCCCUACCUGUUUAUUGGGAAAACCCCUGCAAAAUGAAAGUCCAUGAUCAUGUUUGCUUUGUACAUUUUUUUUGUGAUCUGGAUAUAAAAUGCGACAUCUUGCUGUUUGCCUGUCUGUGCAUUGUCCCCAUUACAAAAGAAGAAUAAAGCCUUGAAAGAU